UUCAUAGUUCAUACUACUCAUAAUUCUCUAGUGUUCAACUAUCUAGUCUCUCAUGGAUUCAAUAGUCAACCAUGGGUGGACCUCAUCUGAGGUAGAGGAGGCAUGGUCACUCAUUGCUAGGCUCAACUCCAACAAAAUCAUGUACGACGAUAACGAUGACAAGAACAAGAAGCACAACUACAUUGUGAAUUCUCUCCAUGCCUUGUUCCCUUCAAAGACCAUGAAACAGGUAACCAAUCUUUACGUUGAUCUCGCCAUGGAAAUGCAUAUGAUCCAGCAGAGGGAGGGGACUCGUGGUAGUCCACAAAACAGUUUCACCUUUUGUGACCCUGCCAACGUUAACUAUGUGUUACCGGGGGAGGAGAAUCAUGCUAGCAGCACACACGGUGUCUACACAAUGGGUGGCCAUGUGAAUGAAAACUUUGGGGUACGAGAGGAGGCAACAAUAAUGGACAACAAUGGAUUGUCCUUUGGUUGUGCAAUGGAGGAUACGGGGAUCACGGUGACGGAUGAGGCACCACAUAUGGUAGACAACAACAAGAUGGAGGUGUUGGAGAACAAUAUUUCCAUAGAUCAGCCAAUUUUUGCCCCACAUCAGUGGGGUUUUUGGACCGGCGAGGAACACAGCAUGGGUGACCUUGUUAAUGAAAACUAUGAGGUACAAGAGGACAAGGAUACAACCAUGGAUGAUAAUGGAUUUUCAUUUCGUUAUGCACUCGAGGAUACAAGAAUCACGAAGACGGAGGAAGCUCCGAUGAUGGUAGACGAAAAUAAGAUGGUGGUGUUGGAGAACAAUACUUCAACUAAUCGACCAGUUGUUGCCUCACAUCAACGAAAAUUCUGGACCAAAGAGGAACACAAGUCAUUUCUUUAUGGCUUGAAAGUCUAUGGUCGUGGCGACUGGAAAAACAUAUCCAAGCACUUCGUCACCACUAAGACCCCUAUCCAAGUUUCAAGCCAUGCACAAAAGUUUUUCAAGCGAAUACAACAAAAGGCAUCGUCAGGGACAAAGCGUUACAGCAUCAAUGAUGUCGGGCUCCACGACAACGAGCUAUUGCCAGCAAAUAAUAGUUCUUCCCCCCAGCAAGCCCUUUCUUUCACCGGGCUCAACAAUGGCCCAAGCUUUAAGUUGCAGGCUCCGACGAGCUCGUUCACAGUCAUGAACAAUCUAGCUCAGUGCACCCCUUCCAUUUAUAAUAAUCAACAAGUGGGUCAGCAGCCAAUGUGGAGUGAGCAGCAGAUGAUGGGUUCUGUUGCAGCUGUAAUGGACGGGGUAGCAAACUAUGUGCCUGAUGGCCAACAAGGGUCAGCUUAUUUUUAUCUUGGCAACGUGUGAACAAGAUGUAGUAGAUCGUAGGCUUGGGCCAUGUUUGGAAUGCUAGCCAGGCAUAUGUCCCAUGAAUAAACAUAUUGUCCUCCUAAAGAUGGCAACGUAACAUGCUCAAGACAUUUUGGCCGGCAUGUGUAUUUAAUAAUGAAUAAAUAGUUCUGUUUCUAUAUAUAAAAAAUAUUUGACCUUCGACAGUCUCAUCGUCUUAAUAUAGUGUUUGCCAUAUCUUAUUUUGUAAGACUAUAUAUUGUUGUUGUUCUACCAUACAAAAGUGUACAUGUUGUUUGAAUAAUCGCCCUGAUUGUUGUAU